AUGGAAAUAUGCAAUAAACAUGACAAUGUAUACAUGUCAGGUACUAAUCUGGACAGCUCAUUUGGAAAGUCAGGACCAACUGAGGAUAUUGAGUUCGAAAUGUCAUCUUUUAUGCUGAUGGAACCUCACACACGAGGACAAGCUGAUAAGCUGGCAAUUCCCCAAAGGUUAAUGGCGCACCGCCAGUCAUGUUCUACAGUCAAUCUGAAGUACGACGCAUCAGAGUUUUAUCUUGAAGACUGUAAAGUUGAUUCCGGUUUGUAUGAUGUUACUCUAGAGGUGGACAGGCACUAUAUAAAACAAAUGAAACAAGAAAUAUAA